AUGAUGCUGAGGCUGUUGGGAAAUCCUUUUGAUGAUCUUGUUGAAAAAGCAACGUCGGAGUUGCUCCCUAGAGGCCAAGAAGACUUGGCAACAAACUACGAGAUUAGUGACCAGAUACGCAGUAAAACUGUGCAUCCCAAGGAUGCCAUGAGAUCACUAAAAAAAAGGAUUGAUCAUAGUAAUCCGAAUGUGCAGUUACUGGCUUUAAGUCUCACUGAUACAUGUGUAAAGAAUGGCGGCACGCAUUUUCUGAUAGAAAUCGCUUCUCGCGAAUUUGUUGACAACCUUGUCUCUAUAGUCAGAAACCCUAUUGGUGUGAAUAUAGACGUUAGAAACAAGAUUCUAGCAUUGAUUCAAUCUUGGGGCUUGACAUUUGAUAGUAAACCUGAGCUACAAUACAUGGCUGAUACUUAUAGGCUGUUGAAAUCGGAAGGCUUGCCCUUCCCAAAGGUAGAAAAGACAACUGCGUUAAUGAUUGACACAGAAACUGCACCCGAGUGGACAGAUAGUGAUGUCUGUAUGCGUUGUCGAACGCCGUUCACUUUCACGAACCGAAAACACCACUGUCGCAAUUGCGGACAGACAUUUUGUGGAGAAUGUUCAUCAAAGACGGUGUCCCUUCCCAAUUUCGGAAUAAAUGAUCCAGUGCGAGUAUGCGAUCCGUGUUUUGGGAAAAGAACACUUAGAAACAGGAGUGCUAGCCUCGACCUAUCCCCAAGUAUCACCAAACCGUAUUUAGUAACACCAACGAUUUCCGCUCCGGCAAGCAAAUCACACUUUUCGGAUGAUGAAGACGAUGAAGACAUCAAGAAAGCCAUUGAACUCUCACUCAAAGAAGCCGAAUCAUCACGUGGUCGAUACACAUCACCACCUAAAAAGAAGCCAGAGGUUAAGAAAGAAGAGAAAGUCGCUGAAGAAGAUGAUGAGGAAUUAGCUGCUGCUAUUGCAGCAUCGUUAAAAGACAUGGAGAACAAUGAGAAGAGGCAAAGUCAGUAUGGAUUCGGAGGAUAUAAACCGAAUUUAACGUAUAAGAGUACUUUCGUGAAUAAUGCGGUAGGAUAUUCGGCAAAUGAGCUGACCUCUUUAGAAACGGAUAAUAUUUAUCAGUUCGCAGAACUGGUUGAUCGGUUGCAAUAUACGGGAGGAGAUUUGAUGCGAGACCGACAAGUUCAGGAUUUGUAUGAUAGAGUUGGUGAGCUUAAACCGAAAUUAACUAAAUCACUCGCUGAAGCGAUACAAAAACACCAGGAGCUGGCUGACAUGCAUGAUAAGCUCGCUCAGGUUGUAAAACUCUAUGACAGUCUUCUUGAUCAACGACUGUCGUCAGCUUACCUGCGUCGCACAUCAGUGUACUCUCCACCCACCCAUCGCACAGCUUCGCUCACAGUCCCGCCUUCUAUGGCGCCUACAUAUCCUUCGAUCACUCCCUCCCAUAACGCGUCAUAUCCAUUGGCCUCUGCACCUUCUCCGUCACCUACAUAUUAUCAUCAGACUGUUACUCCGACCCAGUAUGGGGGGAGUGAAUUUGGCGAUGGGAGAGCGAGACAACAAUUUAUUCAGGAACAGCAAGAUAUGCAACAAGGGAUGAUAUCAGGACAGCAAACUGGUUAUUCGGCAAAUCAGCCGCAGUAUUCAUAUGCAUAUUCUACUAACCAAGGCGGAUAUGGACAAAACGUUGAUGGUGGGCAACCUCCUCAGCAACCUCCUCAGCAACAACCUCCUCAACAGCAGCCUUCUCAGCCGCUUUCUCAGCCGCUUUCUCAGCAGCAACCUCCUCAGCAACAACCUCCUCAACAGCAGCCUUCUAAGCCGCUUUCUCAACCGCUUUCUCAGCAGCAACCUCCUCAACAACAUCCUUCUCAGCCUCUUUCUCAGCAGCAACCUCCUCAGCAAUCUCUUCCCCAGCAGCAGACUAAUGAACAAUCACAACCUCCUCAACAACAAGCUAAUGGCUAUCCACAGCAGCAUUUAUAUCAACCAGAACAAUCACAACCUCUUCAACAAGCCAAUGGCUAUCAACAGCAACAUUCAUAUCAAUUAAAUCAAUCACAAACUCUUUCACAGCAGUCCAAUGGCUAUCAAUCAUACCAGCCAGAACAAUCUUACUCUCUUUCUAUUACGAAGCAAGAACCCAUAAAGGAAACUCCGUUGCUUAUUGAAUUGUAA